AUGCGAAAUUCUCCAUGUAAACUUCCCAUAGUUUUAGGACCUUGUUACGCUUUAAUUCCAAGAUAUUAUUAUGAUGCCCAUGCCGGUAUUUGCAAAGAGUUUAAUUACGGAGGUUGCAAGGGUAACGCCAAUAAUUUCGAAAAUAAGGUUGACUGCGUACAACGAUUCGAACAGAGAUUCACGAUAGAAAAUCUAACCCUAAAGAUUUAUAAUUCGCUCAUUGGAAUAGCCAAAUCAUUCGAUUUAAAAUUAGAUAAAAUGACCCUAGAGGAACGCGUGAUGAUGGGAACAGGAAAUGGGAGAAUGAUGCAUCGUGAAUAUUCUUCAUUUCCUCUGAAUCCUCAGUUAAUACCGGAAGACGGAUAA